AUGUCUAACCCAGCUCCCAUACUAAGCAUCGAAAAGCACUUUCGUUAUGAUUUGAAACCUAAAGAGAGGCUAUUCAAUGAAUACUUCAAAGUAUGGCAGACGAGAGAACCACAAUGGAAAGAUCGUCUUGGGGACGGAUGGGUGAUAUCAAAAACUUUGGGUGCGGGCGCCGGGGGUGGGGCUUCACUUUGGGAGUGGCGUGGUGAUCCAAAGGCAAAAAACGCGCCGAAGUUAAAGCAAGUGGUUGUCAAACUUGUGUACGAUGGCUAUGAGGAAUACCCAGACUCCUAUACUGGUCUGCGAGGGGAAGCGGCUUUCUUAGACCUAUUGAGAAAGAUUCCCACAAAGCACAUUGUUCAUAUGUACGGUCCGCCCAAAAUGGAUGACAAAGGACAUGUAAUGUAUUUCCUCGAAAUGUGCCCCGGCGGCGCUUUAUCAUCCUUACUGAACACACACCUCGAAGAAGAGAUGAAGUUUCCUGUCUCGGAGACUGAUUUGUGGUCGAUUUUUUAUUGUUUGGCUCAAGCUGUAACAGUCUUAGAUCGUGGAACAGAAGAUCUCAGCCAGAAAAGUUGGGAUAAAGAUGAGAUUGGUCAUUAUGAUAUGAUCACAAGCAAUGUACUUAUUGGAUAUUGCGAUAAAGUACAUAAGCGCUGCCCUGUCAUAAAGAUUGGGGAUUUCGGAGAUGCAAUGGAAGUUAGAAGAAUAGAGCUUCAAACCGAUGACACUGCCAAGAUAGAUAGACAAGAGAGGGGUGCCAGAGGAUGUCGACCUCCUGAACAAAGACUAGUUGCUGUUGAUCAUCCCCGCCAUGGAACUUGCUCUAACGUUUACAUGGUUGGACUCAUCAUGCUAUGCCUACUAGAUAGCCAAUUAGAUAUUUUUAUGCCCUCCCGAGGUUAUAUGGUAAAUUAUAAUGAGAGACUUAGAAGCGGCGUAACCAACGCAUUUCAUCUUGAAGAAGAGGAUAUCAAAGGUGCGUAUUCGCAAAUGCUCAGAGCAUUGAUCAUGGAAUGUUGUAUGAAAGAGCCGCUACUACGACCUAAAGCAGUUGAACUGCAAGAAAGAACCGGAAUGAUGUUUCAGCUGGUCCAGGAUGAUUUGAUAGCGGAUACUGUUGGAAAUUAUGUUUGUCCUGGGUUGGGGACCGAAAAUGUUUUACUGGAGGACUUGGAACCACCUAAAGAAUGGCUGGUAUGA